CCUUCGACUCUCCUCCGCACGCCACUACACCCUUCAACUUGCAGAUUGCCAUCGAUGGUCAGAGGAUCCGGAAAGUUCAAGACAAAGAGGGGUGGCGGAAGAAGCUUCAGCCGGAAUCUCGAACUUGAUGAGAACGGCACCGCUGUGUCGACGGACAAACCGCGCCGUCGCAGGAAUGACCCCCAAGAAGAAGAAUCCUCAGAGGAAGAGGAAGAUAUAGAAGAGGAGUCUUCCGAAGAGGAAUCUGAGGAGGACGCUGCUGGAGGACUCGCGUUGGACAAGCCCGAGCUCUCGCGUCAGGAGCGGCGCGAUCUGAAGAAAAAACAGGCGGAUCAGAAGAACAAGAAGAAGGCCGAUGGUGAAGGCAGCGACGAGGACGCCGAUGCAGACGAGCUGCUCGUCAACCCGAAUCGAGUCGUGAAGAAGAUGAACAUCUCAGACUUGAACGAGCCGAGACAACUGAGCCGGCGCGAGCGGGAAGUCAAGGAAAAGCAGGAAGCGAAGGACCGAUACUGGAAGCUCCACCUCGAAGGCAAGACCGACCAAGCGAAGACCGACCUUGCACGUCUCGCUAGGAUUCGUCAAGAGCGUGAAACCGCACAGGCAAAGCGCAAGGCAGAAGCUGAAGAGCGCACAAAGGAGAUAGAAGCAAAGAAGAACGCAGGCAGGCGCUGAAGCGCUCAAGGCGUGUAAAUGUACCUGGGGUACUCAUGACCGCCCACGUUGUACACUACUGCGUGUUUUUCUUGUUGUAACCGAACCGAUCUGUAUCAGUGCAAAACCCUU